CGUAGGUCUUCUGCGGUCACAACCCCCGUCCCCCCCCAAAAAAGAAAAAAAAACCCACUUCUUUACAACGUAGAAUUGAAAUACAAUUGAAGAAUAAAACUGACCAGCAAUAAAAGAUGUCUCGAAAAACAUCCAAGACAUCAAAAAAGGUGAACAUCUCAAGCUCUUUGGAAUCUGAAGAUAUUAGUUUAGAAACAACAGUUCCUACAGAUGAUAUUUCCUCAUCAGAAGAGCCCGAUGGUAAAAUAAAAAUUACCAGGCAAUUAAUUGAGCGGAAAGAACUACUUCAUAACAUUCAACUGCUGAAAAUAGAGCUAUCCCAGAAAAAUAUGAUGAUCGACAAUUUGAAAGUGGAUUAUCUUACAAAGAUUGAAGAAUUGGAGGAGAAACUUAAUGAUGCACUUCAUCAGAAGCAGGUACUGACACUGAGAUUAGACAACCAAUUGACUUUUCAACAGAAGGAUGCUAGAAAAUAUCAAGAACUAAUGAAACAAGAAAUGGAAACGAUUUUAUUGAGACAGAAACAAUUAGAAGAGACAAAUCAGCAGCUAAGAGAGAAAGCUGGAGAUAUUCGCCGAAACCUACGUGAAUUUGAGUUGACAGAAGAACAAUAUAUAAAACUAAAAAGUUUUUCUGAAGACCUCCUCUCUAUUCCUGAAUAUGUAUCUCUCCGGUUUUAUGAACUUGUGAAUCCAUUAAGAAAGGAAAUCUCUGAACUACAGAUGAAAAAGAAUGACCUCUCAGAAGAAUUAAGUGAAAACAAAGAGCAGCUGAAACGCCUCACAGAGGCUAAUGAGAAAGAUCGAAGAAACUGCUCGGAGCUUCAAAUUAGGUGCCAGCGCUUGGCCUUAGAAUUGGCAGACACAAAACAGUUAAUUCAGCAAGGUGACUACCGUCAGGAGAACUAUGAUAAAGUUAAGGGUGAGCGUGAUGCAUUUGAACAGGAAGUAACUGAGUUGAGGAGAAAACAUGAAAUACUUGAAGCCUCUUACAUAGUCCAAACUAAAGAAAGAAGUGAAUUAUCAAAAGAGGUAGUCACUUUAAAGCAGACUGUCACUCUACUGCAAAAGGAUAAAGACUAUCUUAAUCGCCAAAACAUGGAACUUAGCAUCCGCUGUACUCAUGAAGAAAAUCGCCUCGAGAGACUUCAGACUCAACUGGAAGAAAUAAAAAAGGCUAGAGAAGAGAUGUAUGAAAAAUAUGUAACAUCAAGAGACCAUUAUAAAACCGAAUAUGAAAAUAAACUACACGAUGAACUGGAACAAAUCAAAUUGAAAACUAAUCAAGAAAUUGAUCAACUUCGAAGUGCCUCUAGGGAAAUGUAUGAACGGGAAAAUAGAAACCUUCGAGAAGCAAGGGAUAAUGCGGUGGCUGAAAAGGACCGAGCAGUGUUGGCUGAGAAAGAUGCUUUAGAGAAACACGAUCAGCUCUUGGACAGGUACAGAGACCUUCAGCUUAGUACAGAAAGCAAAGUAUCAGAAUUUCUUCAUCAAAGUAAGUUAAAAUCUUUCGAAAGUGAACGUAUUCAACUUAUCCAAGAAGAAACGGCAAGAAAUCUCACACAGUGUCAGUUGGAAUGUGAGAAAUACCAGAAAAAAUUGGAGGUUUUAACUAAAGAAUUUUAUAGUCUCCAAGCCUCUUCUGAAAAACGCAUUAUUGAACUUCAGACACAAAACUCCGAGCAUCAGACAAGGCUAGACAUUUAUGAGAAACUGGAAAAAGAGCUGGAUGAAAUAAUCAUGCAAACUGCGGAAAUUGAAAAUGAAGAUGAAGCAGAAAGGAUUCUCUUUUCCUAUGGCUACGGUGCUAAUGUUCCCACAACAGCCAAAAGACGACUAAAACAAAGUGUCCACUUGGCAAGAAGAGUGCUUCAGCUAGAGAGGCAGAAUUCAUCGGUUUUAAAAGACCUGGAGCGUCAUAAGGACCAAAUUACACAGCUUUCACAAGAGCUUGACCAGGCCAAUUCUCUGCUAAACCAAGCCCAGCAGCCUUACCGGUACCUCAUCGAGUCAGUGCGUCAGAGAGAUUCGAAGAUUGAUUCACUGAAGGAGAAUAUCACCCAGCUUGAGAAGGAUGUCAGCAAUUUAAAUAAAGAAAAGUCAGCUUUACUCCAAAUGAAGAAUCAGAUGUCAUUAGAUUUAGAACAACUUCUAAACCACCGUGAGGAAUUGGCAGCCAUGAAACAGAUCCUCAAUAGCAUGCGGACCAAGCGUUCUGGGAACAACAUACAUCUUACUAAAACACAAUCCAAAAAUGUGACAGAAAAUCAGAAGUCAGUGCCUUUGAAUACGCCUAAAGAAGAUGCAGACAAUGUAUUUAUACCGAAGCCAACACUCUUUACCAAGAAAGAAGCACCCGAGUGGUCUAAGAAACAAAAGAUGAAGACCUAGUGUUUGGGAUAGUUUUGCUCUAUCAUCAUUUACUCCUAAUGUCCUUUUCCCGGUGAACACAACUGUAUCUUAAUCAUGUAUCUGGUGUUUUUUAAAAUACUUAAAGUCUAUUUUAGCUAUGAAAUGUAUAAGAUGUUAUUGUCAUAGCCAAAAUGUGACA